AUGAAAAGUCGAAGGCCCAGCACCCGAAGCGCAUCAAGUCGAACUGGACUUCUUGAUUCUCCAGGAAGAAAGAUACUCUCUGAGGUCCUUCUUGUCUGUGAGUUGUUGAUGUUCAUUACACUCACAGCUUUAACUGGUGGUAAACCGCCUUCAACAUCGACAAAUACUCAGAAAAAAACACCUCAAGUACGUAAGCUAACAUUCAUAUACUUUUAGUUUGUAAUUUUCGUAACCGUUGAGACAGUUUUUGAAGUUCACAUUGUGAACUCGUGAUUUGCUUUGUUCGGUCGGGAGAAGGAGAAACUCAUUUGGGUUGAUCUCUCUGAGCUAAGUCUAUCGAUAGAGUCAAAUUGUAUAUUCAAUAAUUUCGUGAUAUCUAAAAUAAUAAACAAUCUGAGAACCUAAUGAAAUUAAUUCCAACACACACGACUGCUAUUUGAGAUUGCUCGCAAUCUGAUACUGUAAAGUUUCCAUCGUUUGUUCAUAACCUAAAAAGUAUGCACCUGACGUCUUGUAAACAGUUUUCGUGCAGAUUAGGAAUGACAUCCAUUGUGUGAACGAGGUCGCUAAAAGCCUGAAAAACUAAUUAAUGAGACAAAGCAUGAAGGCUUUUCGCAAUACUGUUAUAAGAUACAUCAUCUCAGUUAAUCCUAGUGAGUACUGUAUUAGUUCCCUAGUGGCGGAAAGACGCAAAGUAGCCUUUGUGGUACACAAAAGGACGCGUUAAGUAGAAAUAAAUUGGAUAAAUACACAGCGGGGGGUAGUUGUUAACAGCACAUAUACCCUGCCAGCUGUACCAGAACGGACUAAAUACAUCAAGCUAACUUGACAAAUGAGACGAGGAUCCGUUCAAGAUGUCAAUACAUUUGUGCCUAAUAUUUGUUUGAUCACGCGGAUCGUAAAUAUCAAGAGUCAAAUGUUGAAUUAUUGAUCCAUUUUUACCAAUUAAAACUUCUUUGGGAAGCUUCCAGGAGCUUGUGUGGAGAAUUUACACUGGUAUCAAAUGGGUUCAAAAGAAAAUGGUGCAUGUGUAACAAGAUUACUUCAUGUUUCUAAAUAUAGUUGUUAAAGUGUGAUAUCCUGCAGAGACUACAGUAUUGGUUUUGCUUGCUGAACAUUACAUAAACAAUCCUUUAUUUGGGAGGGGUGAGCAGCUUUCCUGUUUGAGAUAUAAAGCUUAUGCAGAAAGCCAACUACACAUGAUGUGCCUUUUUGCCCAUGUUUGCAGUCUGCAAGAGUUGCUCUUUAUUUUCUAUGUCAUCUAAUAAAUAAUUUAAUGCAGAUUCUCCUUUUUUUCUUCUUCACAGGAAAGAUAGCUAAAUAAGCAUGGUCCAACAGCAACUAGCUGACAUUGUGGUGGCAGGCAUGGCUUGCAGACUUCCAGAGUCAGACAAUGCAGAGGAGUUCUGGUCACAUCUGAUGAACAAGGAGGAUAUGGUGACAGAGGAUGACCGACGCUGGACGCCUGGACUUCAUGGCCUGCCAAAACGUGGUGGAAAACUCAAAGAUAUAAAGCACUUUGAUGCAACCUUCUUUGGUGUUCAUGCAAAGCAAGCCCAUAGAAUGGAUCCUCAGUUAAGAAUCUUACUCGAAUUAACAUAUGAAGCAUUGAUUGAUGCUGGCAUUGAUCCCCAGACAGUUCGUAAUUCCAGGACUGGUGUCUUUGUUGGUGCCAGUGGCUCUGAAGCUUUUGAAGCUUUCAGUGCAAACACUGAAGACAUUGUUGGCUAUGGUAUGACUGGUUGUUCCCGUUCAAUGUUUGCUAAUCGUGUGUCUUUCACGUUUGACUUCAAAGGACCAAGCUUUGUUUUAGACACUGCUUGCUCCUCGUCACUGCUUGCUAUGGACUGUGCAGUACAAGCAAUCAGAUCAGGAAGUUGUGAUGCUGCUAUUGUGGGUGGCGUGAGUCUUACAUUGAAGCCCAACACUUCUGUGGACUUCUUAAAGCUCAACAUGUUGUCCCCUGAUGGUGCAUGUAAAUCAUUUGAUGUGAGUGGUAAUGGGUAUUGUCGUUCUGAGGGUUGUGUUGCCAUUUACCUGACCAAGAGAUCUGUGGCCAGGAGGAUUUAUGCUCAUGUUGUUAAUUCAAAAACCAAUUCUGAUGGCUACAAGACACAAGGUAAAGACAUUAAAGGUGUCAUACUUGUACUGUUAACAGAUCAGACUGUCACUGCAGCUCCAAUGUUUAACCUUUCUACUUUUCUGUAUCUUGAAUAUCAAAAUUUUUUCAUAAAAUAUUUAUUUAAAAACUUAAGAACCUAGAAUUCAGAUUUGAUGUUAAAAAUCAGGUGAAAAGAAACAUUGAGUUGAUGCUGACUCUAAGUAAUGGAGAGAGAAUUUCAUUUUUGAACUUUGGCAUCAAUCCUUUGUAACGAGAGAAUGAUUACGUUUAAACUGUUUUAACAUAUUUACUCGAACAUUUAGGUAUGAUAUAGGAUUCAAGAAGCCUGGUUGUAGUAAUCUUGUUAUCUGUCUGUUAGGUGUAACCUACCCAAGUGGAGCUCUUCAGAAGCAACUGCUGGAUCAGGUGUAUCAAGAAGCCAACAUUAACCCAGCAGAUGUUGUUUAUGUUGAAGCACAUGGUACAGGUACCAAGGCUGGUGAUCCCGAGGAGCUGAACUCACUCACAUCUGUCUUUUGUGACAAACGUGCACCUGAAACAGGACCUCUUCUUAUUGGGUCAGUUAAAUCCAACAUGGGGCAUCCUGAACCAGCAUCAGGAUUGUGCGGAGUGACCAAGGUGUUGCUUGCUAUGCAACAUGGCAUUCUACCACCCAACUUACAUUUCAACUCGCCAAACCCAGACAUUCCAGGUCUUCUUGAUGGUAGACUGAAGGUUGGUGACUCAUCUCUUUUUAAACCAUGCUCUGUUAACCCUUUACACCCUAACAUCAGUAUCUAUAUUCUCCAUACUCUUCUCUGUAUGUUUCCUAAUAUACUGACAAGGAGAAGUUGUUAAACAAUCAAAGCUUCUUUGGGUGGCAAUCAUUUCCUUUAUUUUCAUGAUCUUAAUGAAUGAUUCAGCCAUAUUGCUUUAAGGAGAAAUUAGGUUCUAAAGGGUUAAAAGCCACACUGUGUUAGGAAUCAAGAAUGGGAGAGAAUGGUAAAGGGUUUUUUGCAGUUCUACUCACUGAAAGUAUGUUUCCCUGGUUGGAAUAAGUGGUUAAGCUAUGUGAGUCGAAGCACAGGGGUCUUUACAGAGUGGUUGAAUUGAUCACAAUUGAAUUGGUAUUACACUUUUGGAUACCAAAUAUAAUGGUGACAUCAGUACAACCCACUGCUUCUUAAUUGGUUUGUGCCAAGAAAGGAAUAAAUUAGACACAGAAAAGAUGCUUUAGUAUCUCUAGAAAGUAAUAACCUAAGUAAUGAUGUAUAUCAUUAUUGUAUUUCGUCAAUUGUAGGUUGUGACAGAACCCUUGCCUUGGAAAGGUGGCAUUGUUGGAAUCAAUUCAUUUGGAUUUGGGGGAUCCAAUGUUCAUGUUAUCUUGAAGUCACCAGAUGCACCUAAACCUAAAAUAUCUUCAAAGCCCACUCUUCCAAUAGUAGUCCCUGCAUCAGGAAGGACAGAAGAGGGAGUGAAGAAAAUGCUGCAGUUUGCAAGGGAGAAUAUUGCGAAUAAAGAUCUUUUGGCCUUGUUAACAGAGGUUUCAUCCACACCCUUGAAUACUUUCUCACAUAGAGGCUACACAAUUGUUGGAAGUGAGAGCAAUGUUGAAGAAGUCCUCAAGGUACAGUCCAAUCGGCGUCCAAUAUGGUAUGUGUUCUCUGGCAUGGGCACUCAGUGGUCUGGCAUGGGAGAGAAAUUGAUGCAGAUUCCAACAUUCAGUGAAUCUAUCCACAAGACUGCUGAGAUUUUGAAGGAGUUUGGAGUUGACCUUGUCAAGAUUAUUACAAAGAGUGAUGAUAAGACAUACACCAAAACCAUCAACUCUUUUGUGGGACUAGCAUCCAUUCAGAUUGCCUUGGUUGAUUGCUUGAAAGCUUUGGGUAAGGUUUUUUUGUUUGUUAGAAUUUGUUAAAGAUUUUUAGUCAGGGUACUAAGAGCUUAAGUUGGCUCAAAGGCAAACUGGAGUGACUUCAUACCAGAAGUUGGAAAUCAUACCCUAGAUGUAACUUGAAAUCUUAACUAGUAGUAUUUUUUUUUUUGGAUUGUUCUAUGCACAUAAUUGUUGGUAACAACUUCAAAAAGGACCUACAGUAUGACUGUUUGGCAACAGCAAUCCUUAUUGUUACCUAUAAAUUAUUUUCUGAUCACUAUGCAUCUUUUUAUGCCUUCUGCUCAUGGUUGUCCCAAAUUUUGGUUUUCAGGAAUAACCCCAGAUGGAAUAGUUGGGCACAGUGUGGGAGAGCUUGGCUGUGCAUAUGCUGAUGGAAGUUUUACUGCCAAGGAAGUAAUUUUGGCUGCUUAUUGGAGAGGUGAGGUCCUCUAAUUAUAUUGGAUAGGCUGUGCUUGUUGUAAGAUGUGUAGUUUUUAUAUACUACAGAUAAAAUCUCUUUGCCGUGUCAGUUUGAAGAAGAAAUAGUAUAUGCUGUUAUUUGAAAUCAAUUUUUACUCAUGACAACACAAAAAGGGAAACUACAGCAAUCCUUCAAUUAGGGAAGGACAAGCUUUUUAAGUUCAUAAAAACAGAAGUAUAACAUGGGUUGUUUGUUUUGAUUUAGGUCGUUGUGUCCAGGAGGCUAAACUUCCUCCAGGAGCUAUGGCUGCAGUGGGUCUAACCUGGGCAGAAGCCAAGAAGAGGUGUCCUGAAGGUGUGCGACCAGCCUGCCAUAAUGCUGAGGACACUGUCACCAUCUCUGGUGAUGCUAUAGCUGUCAACAAAUUUGUGCAGGAGUUAAAGGAGGAAGGAACCUUUGCGAAGGAAGUGAACACAUCUGGUGUUGCAUUCCAUUCCAGGUAUAUGGCUCUUAUUGCCCCUAUGCUCAAAGAGUCAUUGAUGAAGUUCAUUGUACCAAAGAAGAGAUCACCACGCUGGAUAAGUACAUCUAUUCCUGAAGACAGGUGGGACACUGAGUUGGCAAAGUAUUCCUCUGCAGAUUACCAUGUGAACAACCUGGUAAGCCCAGUUCUGUUCCAAGAGGCACUAGGAAAGAUUCCAGCGGAUGCUGUUGUCAUUGAGAUCGCUCCACAUUGCCUUCUUCAGGCCAUUCUCAAGAGAUCUCUCAGCCCACAGUCAGUUAACAUCCCUUUAAUGAAAAGGAAUCAUCCAAACAACUUGGAGUUCUUUUUGACAGGCCUUGGCAGACUUUAUGCUGGUGGAAUUAACUUUGAUCCAACCUUGAUUACCACAACCAAGGCAUCUUUUCCUGUCCAUGUCUCAACUCCUUCUAUUGCUCCUCACAUGGGAUGGGACCAUUCCCAGGAAUGGGAUGUUCCCACCAUGAGCCGCUUUCAGUUCAGUAGCAGUGGUGGAACAGCAACAUUGUGCAACUUUGAGAUUGACAUAUCACCAUCAUCAGCAGACAAGUACCUUGAAGGACAUUGUAUUGAUGGUCGAGUCCUUUUCCCUGCUACAGGUUACUUGGUCCUGGCAUGGAAGACCCUUGCCAAAUCUGCUGGGCUUCUUCUGGAACACACUUCAGUUGCCUUUGAAGAUGUAACUAUCCACAGGGCCACCAUUCUCCCAAAGACUGGCUCAGUGACUCUAACAGUUCAUCUUAUGCCAGCUUCCAACAAGUUCAAUGUGUCUGAAGGAGACAGCCUAGCAGUGUCUGGCAAAAUAUUUAUGCCAGAAUUGCCUGCAUUGAGUGAAGACUUUAAGGUAGCUCCUCCACUUGAAGAAGAGGUGCAUUUGACAGCAGACUGCAUUUACAAGGAGCUUAGGCUACGUGGUUAUGACUACGGACCCACUUUUCAAGGAAUUUUAGGAGCAAACAGUUCAGGUAGGCUCUCUGACUUCAAUCAAUCUUUUGAAUCCCUCCUUUCUAAGUCCUUUCUGACCAAUAUCAUAUCCUUUUUCAAGGCAAACUUUUAAAGUCAAAUCCACAUUGGCAUGCUCUGAACAGAGUUCAGAUACCACACUAGGUACUUUAAACGUUACCUCCUUGUGUUUCUCAGAUAUAGCUUUUAUUGAUUAAACUUGAACUUUCUACACGAUGGCUACAAGGGCAAUUGUUGUAAGAAGGGCUCAGCGUCUUGCAUCGGGAAAUUUAGCGUCAGCUGUGAUUGUAUUGUUAGGCACAAAUGGUGAACUCAAGUGGACUGGAGAGUGGAUAUCAUUCCUGGACACCAUGCUUCAGUUAUCAGUUCUGAGACUUCCUGGACGAGGAUUGAGGCUGCCUACCAGAGUACGAUCACUACGCAUUGACCCAUCCAUCCACCUGGAGAGAGCAAAAGAAGGUACUUGUGAGGUAAAGGUUGAUCCAAAGAUGGACAUGGUUGUGGCUGGUGGUGUAGAACUCAAAGGUAAGCCCAGGACUUAAAGGUUAUCUUCUAGAUUCUCGUUUCAUGUCCUUUUGGUAGGGAGUAAGUUGCGAAAAGAAUCUGAACGUUGAUUCAUCUUAACUGAACAAACAAAAUACAAUUACUAACCAAUAGUCUCUUGAUCACUUGCUAGGUCUUCAUGCGACCGUAGCACCUAAAAGACAAGAUGGGCAAGUUCCUGUCUUAGAAAAGUUCGCAUUCGUGCCAUAUGUUGAUGGUCCAAUGCCCAAAAGCUCAACUUUGGAAGGUAUCAGUAAAGAAAGCUUCUUCGAUGUUAUACAAAAUGGUCCUCUCUUGAAAGUCAUGUUGGACACUGUCAUCGAGAACAAGGUUGGUCCCAAUUUGAAAAUCAGCGAAGUAGGUGCAGCUGAAGGGAAAGUCUUCUCGCGUGCUGUGCCUUUGUUAAGUCUACAUCCUAUGGUUCAACUAAACUAUACAGCCACAGACAAGAAUGAAGAACUCUUGGGUACCAUUACCGAACUGGCCCCAGAGGACUUGGUUGAGGUUUGCACUUGGGAUGUUUCUAAGCAACCGCCAGGUGCUGUGAACAAGAGUGAUCUUAUCAUCGCCUCAAAUCUGAUUCAUAUGACAUCGGACCUUUCUAAUGCGUUGGAGAACAUCAAGUCUGCCCUCAGCCCGCGAGGUUUUGUUCUGCUGCAUGAAGUUACAGCUAAUCUGGAGGCAGCACGUGCUAUUUUUGGAAAGAACGGUUUCACUCUAAGUGGACAAGAACAGAAGUACUUCCUUACGGAUCAACAGUGGGUGAAAACUUUGCAAGGUGUUGGACUCAAUGUAGUGUCAAUGAAAAGGAUCGGCUCCGUGUCAAGUCUCCUUCUAUGUAGGCUGACGAAUGCCUCUGAGGAGAAACCUGUCUUCAUCGACGUGGAUGAAACAUUCGAGUUUUUGCCCAACCUUCAAACUGCUAUGGCGUCUGGUGACAAGUCACCCAUAUGGCUUCGUUCAUUCACCGCGUCCCCCACAGGAAUAGUGGGCAUGACAAAUUGCUUGCGACAGGAGUUGGGUGGAGAGAAGAUCCGCUGUCUCUUCGCCAGCCCUGAUGAGAAAGCCAAAGUGAUGGAACACUUUGAGUCUUUGGUUAAGCUAGAUUUGGUCAUGAACUUGUUCCAAGGUGGCAAAUUCGGCUCCUAUAGGUACGUACACUCAUUUUGCAUUUCACUCUAAAUGUCCAAGCCAAGACUCUCAUUCGUAAAAACUGCAUCUCUAUUUGAAUUACAAUUUAUUUGUUGUUACGAAUUGUAGUCACACAAUGAGAUCUGAAGAAUAGAUUCGUGACAAUGUUAAUGAACCAUUGCAUUUUAAGUUCAUUAAUUUUUAUCGUUCUUUUUAAAUCUUCUCUUCAGACAUGUUCUUCUCGAGGAUUCGCCAAACGCUAGUGAAGAAACAGAGCACGCAUAUGUGAAUGUACUGACACGUGGAGAUCUCUCUUCACUGCGAUGGAUUGCCUCUCAUUUGAAGUAUUCCCCAAGAACUCAAGGAACCACAGAACUUUGUACAGUCAACUACACUUCCUUAAACUUCCGUGACAUCAUGCUUGCUACAGGUAAAUUGCCACCGGAUGCCCUUCCUGGAGACCUAGCACAUCAGGACUGUAUCCUGGGAAUGGAGUUUUCUGGUAGAAAUCAGAAGGGCGAGAGGAUCAUGGGAUUGCUACCGGCGCAGGCCUUAGCAACUACAGUCAUGGCAGAUCAGCGGUUUACUUGGAAGGUAAUUCACUUGUAAAGCAAAUGUCAAUAGUAGGGUAAAAUGUGUAUCACCAGUAUUAUAUUCUACAUCUCUUUAAGUGUUCUUGUGUGUACAUUCUCUGUUCGCUUGACAUACUUUGGUUUAUAGGUACCUGAAACCUGGACCCUUUUGCAAGCAGCUUCUGUUCCAGUAGUUUACUCUACAGCCUACUACGCUUUGAUUGUCCGCGCAAAUCUCAGGCCAGGGGAAUCUGUCCUCAUCCACUCCGGAUCAGGGGGAGUUGGUCAGGCAGCCAUCUCCAUCUGUCUUAAAAUGGGUUGUGAAGUGUUCACGACAGUAGGGACGAAAGAGAAGAGGGAAUACCUUAUGGCGACCUUCCCUGAUCUGAAACCACAGAACAUCGGCAACUCUCGAGACUUAUCUUUUGAACAAAUGGUAAGCUAGACGAUAUUUGGCGAUAUUCGGUGAUGUCAAAUUUCCAAUUUGACAUCACCGAACUUCUUGUUGAACAGUUAAUACGCCUUGACGUUAGCUGUAGUUCUUUCCUUUUUCGACGUGGCAUCUCAUCGGUGGAAAAGGAAUUAGUCUGUUUGGGUAUGAUGAUAAUUUGCAGUAUUUUGACAAAAAAAUCACGUUUAAAAGAGCUCUAUGGUAUUAUAAGCCUCAACACCAAUUUUGCCCUUCUCAAUUGAAAAGCUCGCUAAAGUUUACCUUUCAAUCAUAUUAAGGUGAUGCACAGAACUAAUGGGCGUGGCGUGCACGUUGUGCUCAAUUCGCUGGCCGAAGAAAAGCUGCAAGCUAGUUUACGAUGCUUGGCGCGACAUGGCCGCUUCCUCGAAAUUGGAAAAUAUGACUUGUCAAACAACACUCCUCUGGGCAUGGCUUUGUUUCUUAAAAACGUUUCCUUCCACGGAAUCCUGUUGGAUGCUAUUUUUGAAGAGGACAACUCGGAGUGGAUCGAAGUUUCAAAACUUUUUACAGAAGGAAUUAAGUCAGGUAAUUAAGGAACUACGAAUAUCACUUAUUUGUGUGCCACCUUAUAAAAAAUAGGUGCAAACAGGUUCGAAGAAGGUGUCUGAGAUUGAAAAGGAUUUUCCGGUGUUAUCUUUACAGGUGCAGUACGACCUUUGAAAACCACAGUGUUCGACCGCGACGAAAUUGAGCCCGCCUUCCGUUUCAUGGCUCAGGGCAAACACAUUGGAAAGGUAGUCAUUCAAGUCAAACCAGAAGACGAGACCAAAUCAGUGGUCAAACUUAUGGCGCAUGCGCGCAGCAUGUGCGACCCUCGUAAGAGUUAUGUAGUCACCGGAGGCCUGGGUGGCUUUGGUCUGGAACUUGCGCAUUGGCUGGUUGAGAGAGGUGCACGUAAUCUGGUUCUGACAAGUCGCAGAGGUAGGGGUCUCGCAAGCUUGUGGCAUGAUUUUAAAAAUGCUUUUGAAGUAGACAUCUUCGUUUCCUUUCAGUCGUGUUCAAGUUGAAUACGUGACAACAAAUAGAAUUCAAAACAACGCUCUGGUUGUCGCAGAGAAUUCUACUUCGGGUCUUCUUAGAGAGCGAUAUUCAACGAGAUUUGAACACAGUUGAUUGUUAUAUUGUGAUGUGGUUAGGAUAAGAAAGUAUUAUUUAGCGAGGUGUGGAAAAGUGUUCCGUGUACUGCUUGGGUCAUUUCCUGAUUUUGUUUCUCGUUUGUUUGUUUUUCCUGUCACACGCAAUGACUAUGAUCUUUUUUCACAGGUAUCCGUACCGGUUACCAGGCUCGUCGCAUCAAAGUAUGGCAGGAAAUGGGUGUGAAAGUACUUUCACUGACGGAUGAUGUUGGCACAAAAGAAGGCGUGGCUUGUAUCCUGAAAAAGGCUUGCGAACUUGGCCCCUUGGGAGGAAUCUUCCAUUUGGCAGUGGUACUGAGGGAUGGUUUGCUCGAGAAUCAAACCAUCGAGGCAUUCCAGGCGGUCAACAAACCCAAGUAUCAUGGCACAAUAUACCUUGAUCAGAUGACUCGACAGAAGGAUAUUGCUGAGGAGCUUCAUUGGUUCGUGGUGUUCUCGUCCGUGUCCAGUGGGCGCGGUAAUGCUGGCCAGAGCAACUACGGCUUUGCCAACUCAGCUAUGGAGAGAGUCUGUGAAGAUCGUGUGAAGAAAGGUCUCCCUGGAGUCGCGAUUCAGUGGGGUGCUAUUGGAGACGUGGGCCUUAUUCAGGUUGGUAACUCUCACUAGACCCAUAAGGGAUAACUUAAAAUCCGUUCGUCUUUGACCUUUACACCUACAUCAGUGUGCAUAUUCCCCAUACUGUUAUUUAUACAUUUUCCAAAGUGCUGAUAAGUUCUUUAGUUGGUGUUCAUUUCCUCUUCUUCCGUAACCUUGGGUUAGGGUUAGAUUCAGGGCUAAUAUUGUAAGGAAAAUUUAUAUGCCAGUCACUCUUUGGGGUCAAAAGGUUAAGUUCCACCCACCUCCGCGGCUAAACUAGCUUGUAGGUGUAUCUUUGUUUAGAAGAAAUAUUUUGAAAGGCACGUCUGUGUUUAGAAGAGACAUUUGAAAAAGGAAUACGUUUUUCUGACCCACACACACACACACACACCCCCCCCCAGCCUCUCUCCCCUUGGGCCCGCUUCCUGCUCAGUAGGCUGUUCAAUCAUAGGUACAUCAUUCGAAAAUGUUAGUCUUUCCCUUUUGUUUGUCUUUUGUUUUCCUGUUAAGAAGGUUAUCAGUCUCCAAGUAAACUUUUUUGUCGUGCUUUAUGUGUCACAGGAUACCAUGGGUGGCUCAAAUGAGACUGUCAUUGGUGGUACUCUUCCACAGCGCAUAAGUAGCUGCUUAGCUGUGCUGGACAGAUUCUUAUCGCAGACUCACCCAGUGAUGUCAUCGUACAUUUUAGCAUCCAAGAUAACGAGCAAGGGAGAUAAGGGGUCUGGAUCCGACCUGGUUGGAGCUGUAGCACAUAUUCUUGGAGUGAAAGAUGUUUCUACAAUUAACCCUGACACGACCUUAGCUGACCUUGGUAAGAUAGAUCAAAAUCGUCUUUAAUGAGACUACCAUGUAAUUAUCUAACAAUAUCCAAAUAAUGGAUUGCAACUGAUAUAUUAAGACGCCACGGAAUUUUGAAACGAUUUGAACACUUAUUUAGGAUGGUGAAGGUCAGGUAGGAAUGCAGAAAGAACGCAGAAAGAACGUCUUCUAUCCUUUGCCAAGAUUUUACUGCUAGUUGGUUGAGUGACUGUGAUCUUGACACUGAUCUUGACAUAGUCUUGACAUUGUCAUUUUCAAUGCUUUAGAUUUAAAAAACUUAGCCAAACUGGUUAAAAGGUGGCUAAAGGCUUUAUAUCAGAAAACAACAAUAUUCUUACAUGUUUGAUUUAUCUCCCAACAGGCCUUGAUUCUCUCAUGGGAGUUGAAGUCCGCCAGACCUUGGAACGAGACUUUGACAUUCAAAUGACUAUGAAAGACGUGCGGCUGCUGACGGUGAAUAAAAUGCGGGAGCUGACCAGCGGUGAUGCACCCGAGGAAUCUGAGAAAGGAAAGACCACUGAAGAAACCGAAGCUUACCUUCCAGAGAUUGGCAAACAAUCAUUGGUGCAAAUGAAUGAUGUGAAAAAUGGACAGAAACCGCUUUUUAUAAUCCACAAUAUCAAUGGCACAGUGGAGCCGUUGCGUACCCUGGCUAACAAUCUUUCUUUCCCCGUGAUCGGCCUGCAGUACUCCUUGACGUCCCCCAAGGAUUCGAUCCAGUCUCUCUCGGCCAGCUAUAUUAAAUGCAUCCGGGAGAUUAUCCCUCAGGGCCCUUACCGCUUGGCUGGUUACUCGUUUGGGGCGUCAGUGGCAAUAGAAAUGGCAUUGCAACUGGAAAAGACCUUAGAGGUAGAGAGCUUAAUCUUAUUGGAUGGAUCACACACCUAUGUUGCAGCACAUACAGUGUGGCAUAGAAACAGGUUGUCCCUUCAACCCAAAGGAUCUUGGGAACCAAGGGCUGUGGCAGAAGGCCUGAGUGCCCUAGCACCGCAGUACGCACCUGUUGACAAAGCCAAACUCCUAGAAGUUCUUCAGAAAGUAACCACCAUUGACAAACAAAUUCAAUUAACAGCUGACGUUAUAUCUGAAGCGAAUUCAGCGUUAGCCAAAGAGAGUGUUGUCAGGUUCAUCACGAGUUUUAUGGCUUUGUUGCGCAUGGGCGAAGAAUACAAGCCGGCUUCGCGACUCCAUGGCAACGUACAUCUUGUUCGCGCCAAAACUGUAAACGAGAUGGGCAGGGGUCUUGGUGACGACUUAAGUCUGCGCGAGGUGUGCAGUGGUCAGUUGAGCGUGAGCUGGGUCGAGGGUGAUCACGAGACGUUCCUUCAGAACGAGAGCAGCAUGGAAGUCGCAAACAUCUUAACUAAGGCUUUGAGAAGUUGAACUUGAUCAAGGUUGCCAUAGCGAUCAAGGUUGCUUAAAGCACAAAAGUGAGCCAAAAAAAAAUUUUUUAACAGUGCAUUUUUGUCUGUCAUGACACCAUCUUUGAAGCCGUCUAAAGUUCAUUUCAUAGGAGUGGAUUUAAGUAGACUUGGUUUUAAUGAGUGUUAUGUUUAGAUGAAGCACUACAGAUUACUUGGAAAAUACUGGUCUCGAAAAUUUGGUAGCUGUAGUCAAAGUGAAGUGUUUGUAGAUCAAAGACAAUUACAAAGUUUGUCAUUCGUUGAAAGUGGAAUUUGGAGAUGGGAAUUGUAAGUAGUUUUAUUCCGAUUGUCAAUUAAUGUUUGAACUACAUUAUUUCACAGAAAUAGGAUAUCAAAAUAGAAACCAUAUUAGAAGAUAUUUGAAAUUUUUACAUGCGGUUUUUUUACUGAGGUUUGUUGAUAAAUAUUAGAAGGAGGAACACAACACCUAUCGUUGGUUAACUGUUCGUGAAGGUACAUGAAUUAACAUGGGUCUUAACCCUUUGACCCUAAGAGUGACAAGCAUCUAUUUUCUCCUUAUAAGAUCGCCCCUAAAUCACUCAUUAAGGUUAUGAGAGUGAAGUAAAUGAUCACCAAAUUAACAAGCUCUUGAUUAUUAAACAAAUUCUCUUUUAUCUGCACCUUAGGAAAUGUAUGAAUGACAGUAUGGAGAAUAUGCAUAUUGAUGUUAGGGUGUAAAGGGUUAAUGAAAUAAACUUUUCUAAAGAAC